AUGAUUAAUGAGUUGAUUGAUCAGUUGAAUCUUGUUGAUUUGCCCAUGAAGGGUAGAAGAUUCACGUGGUGUAAUGCUCUUGACGGGGAGAGAUGGAGUCGGAUAGAUAGGUUCCUUCUGGAGGGUAGGUGGCUUGAGCAGUUCUCCUUCAAGCAGUGGGGACUGCCCGGAACGAUUUCUGAUCACUGUCCUGUCAUGAUAAAGGAGGAUGAGAGGAAUUGGGGCCCUAAACCUUUCAAAUUUAUUAAUGCUUGGCUACUUCACCCUAAUUUCAUAUCAGCAGUGAAAAGCUCAUGGGAGGUUCAAGUUCAACAGGGUUGGGCGGGGUUUAGAUUGUUGAGGAAGCUUGCCUCUCUCAAAGCCAGUCUUAGAAGAUGGAAUUUUGAGGUGUUUGGUCAUGUGGAAACAGAACUUAAGAAAACAGAAGAGGAUUUACACGCUUUGGAUUUGGUGGCUGAAGAAAGAGCAUUGUCAGAAACAGAAGCAAAUUCAAGGAGAGUAUUCAGAGGGCUAGUUUGGAAUUUGCAUAGAAGGAAGGAGAGUUUGUGGCAUCAAAAAUCUAGAAUGCUGUGGGCUAAGUGUGGGGACAAGAAUACAAGGUUUUUCCAUUUGAUGGCUAGCUCUAGGCAAAGAAGAAACCUCCUUGAUUCAGUUGUGGAUGAUGGGUUCUAG